GCGGGGCCCCCAGCCCGGACCCAGGAUGGCGGAGGCUGAUCCCCCUUCGGAGCAGGAGCUGGAGAGCGAGCCACACAGCUGGUCCCUGCUGGAGCAGCUGGGCCUGGCAGGGGCGGACCUGGCGGCCCCCGGGGUGCAGCAGCAGCUGGAGCUGGAGCGGGAGCGGCUGCGGCGGGAGAUCCGCAAGGAGCUGAAGCUGAAGGAGGGCGCCGAGAACCUGCGGCGGGCCACCACCGACCUGGGCCGCAGCCUGGGCCCCGUGGAGCUGCUGCUGCGGGGCUCCUCGCGCCGCCUGGACCUGCUGCACCAGCAGCUGCAGGAGCUGCACGCCCACGUGGUGCUGCCCGAGCCUGCGCCCCACGAUGCCCCCCAAUCCCCGGGCACUGGCGACCCUGCCUGCUCAGCCACCAACCUGAACCGCGUGGCAGGCCUGGAGAAGCAGCUGGCCAUCGAGUUGAAGGUGAAGCAGGGCGCCGAAAAUAUGAUCCAGACCUACAGCAAUGGCAGCACCAAGGACCGGAAGCUGCUGCUGACAGCCCAACAGAUGCUGCAGGACAGUAAGACCAAGAUCGACAUUAUCCGCAUGCAGCUCCGCCGGGCACUGCAGGCUGGCCAGCUGGAGAGCCAGGUGGCCUCGGACGAGACCCAAGACGGUCCAGACUUGGGCGCCGUGGAGCUCCGCAUAGAGGAGCUCCGGCACCACUUCCGAGUGGAACACGCCGUGGCGGAGGGCGCCAAGAACGUCCUGCGCCUGCUCAGCGCUGCCAAGGCCCCGGAUCGCAAGGCGGUCAGCGAGGCCCAGGAGAAGUUGACAGAGUCCAGCCAGAAGCUGGGGCUGCUACGGGAGGCCCUGGAGCGGAGGCUCGGGGAGCUGCCCGCCGACCACCCCAAGGGGCGGCUGCUGCGUGAAGAGCUCGCCGUGGCCUCAUCUGCCGCCUUCAGCGCCCGCCUGGCUGGGCCCUUCCCUGCCACGCACUACAGUACCCUGUGCAAGCCCGCACCCCUCACAGGGACCCUGGAGGUACGUGUGGUGGGCUGCAGGGACCUUCCAGAGACCAUCCCCUGGAACCUCGCACCCCCGGUGGGGGGACCUGGGACCCCAGACAGCCGGACCCCCUUCCUGAGCCGCCCGGCCCGGGGCCUUUAUAGCAGAAGCGGAAGCCUCAGUGGCCGGAGCAGCCUCAAAGCGGAAGCAGAGAACACCUGUGAGGUCAGCACUGUGCUUAAGCUGGAUAACACAGUAGUGGGGCAGACAUCCUGGAAGCCAUGCAGUCCCAACGCUUGGGACCAGAGCUUCACCUUGGAGCUGGAGAGGGCACGGGAACUGGAGUUGGCUGUGUUCUGGAGGGACCAGCGGGGCCUGUGUGCCCUCAAAUUCCUGAAGUUGGAGGAUUUCUUGGACAAUGAGAGGCAUGAGGUGCAACUGGACAUGGAACCCCAGGGCUGCCUGGUGGCUGAGGUCACCUUCCGCAACCCUGUCAUUGAGAGGAUCCCUCGGCUCCGACGGCAGAAGAAAAUCUUCUCCAAGCAGCAAGGGAAGGCAUUCCAGCGUGCCCGGCAGAUGAACAUUGAUGUUGCCACAUGGGUGCGGCUGCUUCGAAGACUCAUUCCAAAUGCCACAGCCACAAGCACCUUCAGCCCUGGGGCCUCUCCAGUAUCUGAGGCCCGGCACACGGGUGAUAUCUCAGUGGAGAAGCUGAACCUCGGGGCUGAUUUGGACAGCUCGCCCCAGAAGAGCUUGCUGGAUCCUCCUUCCAGCCCGUCAAGCCUGAGUUCCCCGAUCCAAGAAUCCACCACCACCCCCGCGCUGCCUUCGGAGACCCAGGAGACCCCAGGCCCCGCCCUGUGCAGCCCUCUGAGGAAGUCACCCCUGACCCUUGAGGACUUCAAGUUCCUGGCGGUGCUGGGCCGGGGUCACUUUGGGAAGGUGCUGCUCUCCGAAUUCCGGCCCAGUGGGGAGCUGUUCGCCGUCAAGGCUCUGAAGAAAGGGGACAUUGUGGCCCGAGACGAGGUAGAGAGCCUUAUGUGUGAGAAGCGGAUCCUGGCCGCCGUGACCGGCGCCGGCCACCCGUUCCUGGUGAACCUCUUCGGCUGUUUCCAGACCGCGGAGCACGUGUGCUUCGUGAUGGAGUACUCGGCGGGCGGGGACCUGAUGCUUCACAUCCACAGCGACGUGUUCUCCGAGCCCCGCGCCGUGUGA